AUGACGAAUGGGUCAUUGAUGUUGCUGCUGUGGGCAUUUUGCUCAAGUGUUACUGCCACACCCAUAAAACCUUUACCGGCGCGACGUGUACAGUUACAGGAUGAUGUGCAAUUGUUACAUCCGCAUAUCAUAACAAUUGAACGCUUGGAGCACUUGCUAAGACGGGCAGGCGAAAUAUUUGGACCAGUUGCCCAGGCCGAAGAUGUGCUGCCGUCUGGCAGUGAAUUGCAGCCCAAGGUGGAGCUGCAGCCGCAGCCGCAGCAAUAUAUGCUGCCACCAACAGAUCAGCCGUACAAUUUCUACUUGCCACUGUAUGACUACGUGGAUCAUAAGCUGGACGCGAAGAGCAGGCAUCUGGCGAAAAUUGCGCCACCGCCGCAGAAAGUGCAGCAGGAGCCUGACUACUAUGCCGUUGACAAGCCAAAGAAGUCGCCGAAAAAGUUCAAUGCGGCCGCCAAGCAUGUCAAUCUCAAGUGGCUCAAUACGUACGAGAAGGCAAUUGGCGGCGCUGAGCCCAAAGCCAUCUAUUUGGAGCAGGACGAGCGCAAUCGCAUCAAUUUCAAUGACUCGUUCUUUGCGGUUGACAUACCCGUCAACUCGCCUGACAACCAGCCGCACAAGGACUCGAACAGGAUACCAGCGGAACUGCUGCAGCACGGCGAACAGUUACCCGAGGAUGAUCUUAUGGCUGCGCCUGCUCAGCUCACCUACAACUACAAGCCAACUGAGGAAGCCUAA